AUGUCAGCACAGGCGAGUCCCCAGCUCCACGCGCUAUCAGAGACAACAACAAAACCGCACGCGUUCAAACAAAACCCACACCGAAAACCACCCACGAACCGCAGAUACAAACCAGCAAGACAGCUCAUAGCGGACGAAAUCAGAUACAUCCAAUCGAAACCCAACUUGUCGAUGGACAAGCCCACCUAUUUAUCAGUGACGGCGCCACCGAGUCUAUGGCCGCGCAAGCAUUACUGCGACAUCACGGGUCUCGAGGGCAAGUACCGCAAUCCAUCGAAUCAAUUGCGUUUCCAUAACGUGGAGAUUUAUCAGGAGGUGAUUAAGAAUAUUGCGCCCGGGGUUGAUCAGAAUUAUUUGGAGCUCAGGGGUGCCAACGUGGUUUUGAAAUGA